UCACGACGCCAGUUGAAUCACGAUCAGCCCUCGAGAUGAUCGACGCUGUCACAGUUUACAAACUUGCUCAUUCAGUGGCGAUGGCUAACUGAAAGGUCUGCGUUCAGUCCGAGGCAAGUCUUACAGGCUACACUGUUAUUAUGAAAAAUUUGAUGGUCAGAGUUCAGUGUUAUGUUUUGUAUGACUAAUUAUAAAAUAAAUGCGCACACUUGAUGGUCAGUGUGUUACACGCUGAUAGAAACUCAGAGAUGUGAUUCAAAGUGUUGUGCUGCUCGAGACUAUAGGGACUUGGAGAGAAUUGUACUGGAAAAUACGGAGAUUGGGACUUGACUCGGCAUCGUUUAAAACACUGGAACUAAUAUUUCUUUAGCCGACUUCCUGUAGCCCAGACUCCAGAUAAUUACCCACCUAAACCAAUUCUUGAUUCAAUAUCUGGAAAGAAUUAGCGUUUGGUGCUGAGAUGUGUUGGUACGUAGUGUUGAUGCUGUGCUGGUGUUCAGCGACAGGCCUCAGGGUGGGAGUGGGCAUCGCUGAUGUCACAGGACCUCCCGCCGAGAUCAAUUUCAUGGGUUACGCCAAUUUCGAGCAGACCGGUCACGGCAUCCAUCUGCGGCAGUUUUCUCGUGCGUUUCUUCUCGAAGAUGGUGGGAGUGGUGACGGCACCACCAGGGUUGUGUUCGUGUCCGUGGACGCCGCUAUGAUGGGUCAUGGGGUCAGGAGAGAGGUCAUCAAACGUCUGCAGAAGAGGUACGGAGACGUGUACAAUGAAGGAAACGUCAUCAUUAGCGGAACUCACACUCACUCGACUCCGGGAGGGUUCCUACUCGACUUCCUCUUCGACCUGCCCAUACUGGGUUUUGUCAAGGAGACUUAUGUAGCCUUGAUCGCCGGCAUCGCUAAGAGUAUUAUCCAAGCCCACAACUCCUUGAGCGAGGCUCGGAUGGAGUACGGCGAAGGUGAGGUGUUGGACGCUAACAUCAACCGCUCACCGACCUCGUACUUGCGGAAUCCACCGGAGGAGAGGGCCAAAUACAACUAUGACACCGAUAAGACGCUGGCCCAGGUCAGGUUCGUGAGUCCGACCGGCGGCAUCCUGGGAGUCAUCAACUGGUUCGCCGUCCAUCCCACCAGCAUGAACAACACCAACAAGCUGAUCUCGUCAGACAACGUGGGCUACGCUUCCAUCCUCAUGGAGAAAGCCUUGAAUGGCAACAGAACUCUACCUGGCAAGGGUCGUAUCGUGUGUGCGUUCGCAUCCACCAACUUAGGAGACGUGUCUCCCAACACCCGCGGUCCUCGCUGCGAGUUCUCCGGCCGCCCCUGUGACCAGGAGAACCUGUUGUGUAAACUGCCAAAAGAAAGAUGCUUCGCGUCAGGCCCCGGCCGGGACAUGUUCGAGAGCACUUUGAUCAUCGCCACUAAGAUGUUUGAUACUGCCAUGAAAGUUCUAAGACAACCCGGCGAGGACAUCACGGGUCCUAUAGGAGUGGUCCAUCAGUAUGUAGCCAUGCCCCAGGAGGAGGUCCCGCCCUACGACCCCGUCACGGAAACUUUUAACACGAGCGUGUCAGUGAAGGGCUGCGUGCCGGCGAUGGGCUACAGUUUCGCGGCGGGCACCACGGACGGGCCCGGCGCGUUCGACUUCACCCAGGGCACCACCACCACCAACCCGCUGUGGAACGCCGUGCGCGACCUGCUGGCGGCGCCCACCAAAGAGGACGUCGCCUGCCAACAUCCCAAGCCUAUACUCCUGGCCACGGGGCGGGCGGAGUUCCCUUACGAGUGGCAACCUCACGUGGUGUCGUGCUCGGUGGCGCGUCUGGGCGGGCUGCUGGUGGCCGCGGUGCCCGGCGAGUUCACCACCAUGGCGGGCCGGAGACUCCGAGCGGUGGUAGGGCGCGCGGGCGGCACCCGGGCCGUCAUCGCAGGACUCUCCAACGUCUACUCCGAUUACAUCACCACCCCCGAGGAGUACCAGGCUCAGCGGUACGAGGCUGCGUCCACCAUCUACGGCCCCAACACGCUGCACAUAUACCUCCACAAGUACAAGCAACUCACUGAGGCCCUGAUGAAGGGCUCCGCUGUCCCCCCGGGCCCGUCUCCGCCCGACCUGAGCCAACAGCUCAUCACGCUGGUGCCUCCCGUGCUGUGGGACUCCGCCCCCUACAAGCACGAGUUCGGGGACUGCCUGCAGCAGCCGCAGCGACACUACAGCUACGGAGACACCGUCACCGCCACAUUCGUGUCGGGUCACCCCAGGAACAGCCCUCGUCACGGUCGCUGGUUCCUGUCCGUGGAGCGCCUGGUCCCGGGCUCCGAGGACGCCUGGGAGGUGGUCGCCACAGACGCGGACUGGGAGACCAAAUAUAUCUGGAAGCGUAACUCUAAGAUCCUGGGCACGAGCGAGGCGGUGGUGGAGUGGGAGGUGGCGGAGGGCACUCCCGCGGGGACGUACCGGCUUCACCAUUACGGGAACUACAAGUACAUCCUGGGGGGAGUCUACCCCUACCACGGGUUCACUGACGCCUUCCAAGUCUCUUAAAUAUAACAAACUAGUCGGGACGAAACUCGGGACUGUACGAACUCCUCCAGACUCGGAGACUACCCCGGCUCCCACAACAUGCCUGGACCCGGCGCUAUGAAGAGUUCCCCUGACUGCGCUUGCCAUAAAAGUAAUGCCACUUCAGCUCACCACAGAUUCAAUAAAGCACUCCCUCGGUAACAGUAAAGCCUCCCUCGCCGUUCUCCCCGCUAGUGUAUCUAGUGUGUCUGUGGCUGUGACGCAUUCUGCCUUAAGUCUGCCUUCUCCCGGUGUCUGUAUAUUAAUGUUCCUAGUCUUAUAUUAAAUAUAAUUAUAAUGUAACGUAGUAGUAGUAAGUAGCCCUAGGUGAUAAUGUAUAGAUCGGUGACAUAGUGCCUGUAACUGUGAUAUCCGCGAGGCUCCUCGCCGGGGCGCGGGACGCCGACCCCGCGGCUGCCACCUCACACGUUAAGGAAACUGCUCUUAAUAUUGAAAUAUUAAAUAAAGUAAUGUAUUUUACAUGGGAUCGAUGUUAAUGUUAUUUAUAUCAUUCUUAUACGCUCUCGUGCCAAAAGAUGCGCAACCUUUGAUGUGGUUGAAGUUAAGAGUAUAGUUACAUCGAUGAAUGUAAUGAUAUUGUAAUCAACAACUCGCCAUUUUUUUUAUAGUAAACGUAAUUAAUUUU